AUGGACAACAAGGUUGGCCAAUACGAUAAACAAAAAAAUGUGGUAGAGGAAGAGGUAGCUCCAUCACGGAAGAGGAUAACUCAAGUUGAGGGUGAAAAGGAGGACGGUAAUACCUACUCGUCGAUGGUAGCAACAACCUCAACGCAGAACGCUGUCAUUGGUAACACCAGUCAGUCGAGCACAACAGAGGUUGGAGCAAAAACUAGUAGCUCACUUGAGUUACCAAAAGCGCAACAAGCUGCGCUAAAGAUAGACCAUAUACUCACUUCACAAACGACUUCUACCACUUCUUCAAGUCCGUAUAAGUCAAAGACAAUGUUCUUUCAACCCGAAAACCAUAGCUCGUCGGACUCUCAAUUUCACACUCUUUACUCAGACACAAACGUCUCCCCAAAAAGCAGAGAGAUUGUUGAAGACGGUAUGUUGGCUAAAAGACAUUCAGAAAUGGAAAGUUCAAGUUCGUCAAUAAGUCCUGAACAACUUGAUACAUUAUCAUCGAAUUUAAACACUUCCGGAGUAGUCACACCUAAACAAAUAAUUCGAAUAGACAGAGAUUACACUGGUGGAGAACUGUGUCAGUUUCAAACGGCUUUUCCUUUAGAGAUUGAUGGACGGGUAAAUUAUUUAUUAUUAUAUUUAUGGGGAAUGUCGAAAGUAUCUUUUUAA